AGGGGCGAGAGGGCGCGGCUUGUUCAGACACUCUUUGUCCCGACGACGACGAUCACCAUGUCGCCGAAGUUCCUGUUCCUCCUUGGAUCCCUCUUUGUGUUUGCCGGGACGCUGGUCAGAGCCCAGGAUGACGAGGGCUCGGACGGACUCGACGCGAACGCCGAAGAACUCUGCCAGGACCGCCCUGGCGAUGAAUACUUCCGGUUGAACGUCGAAGGAGACUGUCGAGAUGUCGUGAGAUGCGACAAAGCCAGCGAGAUCGGCGUGACCAGGUUGGCGACGGUGCGUUGUCCGACAGGGCUGGCGUUCGACAUCGAGAGGCAGACCUGCGACUGGAAGACGAACGUGAAGAACUGCGACCAGCUCGAGAAGCCACGUAAGGUCUUGCCCAUCCUGAGGACCGACGAACCGGUCUGCCCCGAGGGGAAAUUGUCGUGCGGUAACGGCGAGUGCGUCGACAAGGAGCUCUUCUGCAACGGUAAACCGGACUGCAAGGACGAAUCCGACGAGAAUGCCUGCACGGUGGAGACCGAUCCUAACCGCGCGCCAGACUGCGACCCGACUCAGUGCGUCCUCCCGGAUUGCUACUGUUCCGCUGACGGCACUCGAAUCCCCGGGAACAUCGAGCCGUCGCAAGUACCGCAGAUGAUCACGAUCACGUUCAACGGUGCGGUGAACGUGGACAACAUCGAUCUGUACGAGGAGGUCUUCAACGGUCAACGACAGAACCCGAACGGCUGCCAGAUCAGAGGCACCUUCUUCGUCUCGCACAAAUACACCAACUACUCGGCGGUUCAAGAUCUGCACCGUAGAGGUCACGAGAUCGCGGUGUUCUCUUUGACGCACAAGGACGAUCCGCAAUACUGGACCCAGGGCACCUACGACGACUGGCUGGCGGAGAUGGCGGGCGCCAGGCUGAUCAUCGAGCGUUUCGCGAACAUAACCGACGGCUCCAUCAUCGGGAUGAGAGCUCCCUACCUUCGCGUGGGCGGCAACAAGCAGUUCGAGAUGAUGGCCGAUCAAUUCUUCGUCUACGACGCUUCCAUCACCGCGUCCUUGGGCCGCGUCCCCAUCUGGCCUUACACUCUGUACUUCAGGAUGCCGCACAAGUGCAACGGAAACGGCGGCAACUGUCCGUCGAGGUCGCACCCGGUCUGGGAGAUGGUGAUGAACGAGCUGGACAGGAGAGACGACCCGACCUUCGACGAGUCGCUGCCCGGUUGCCACAUGGUCGACUCUUGCUCCAACAUUCAGACCGGCGAACAGUUCGCCAGGCUCCUCAGGCACAACUUCAACAGGCACUUCAACAGCAACCGUGCGCCCCUUGGACUUCACUUCCAUGCUUCCUGGCUGAAGAGCAAGAAGGAGUACAGAGAGGAGCUGAUCAAGUUCAUCGAGGAGAUGCUGGCUAGGAGCGACGUGUACUUCGUCACCAUGGUCCAGGUCAUCAAGUGGAUGCAGACGCCCACAGAGUUGUCAGCCCUCCGCGACUUCCAGGACUGGAAAGAGACUUGCGACGAGAAGGGACAGCCCUACUGUUCCCUGCCAAACGCUUGUCCCUUGACGACCAGGGAGCUGCCUGGCGAAACCCUCCGUCUGUUCACCUGCAUGGAGUGCCCGAACUACUACCCGUGGCUGCUGGACCCGACCGGUGACGGGUUCACCGCGAACAAAUGAGCGGGCGCAGAUCGAAGAUCGGUCGGUCGAGGGCCGCGUUCGAUCGAGGAUCACGCGGAAUCGAUCCUAGAAACCGAGCAGGAUCUUCCAUUGGAGAGAAACGCGGGGUAAACGUUUCGCGACGCGCGAUGUCUCUUGCCGAUGGUAUCAGGGCAUCCCCCGAGUCGAAUACUGGCGCGAAAUCGCCCGGAAAAUUUCGUAAACGAACCCUUUAAAAUUAUUCGAAAUCGAUGAUCAACCCUGAAAGAACAAUUACCCCGUUUCUUUCGGCCUGUUGAAUCUCGCAGGAAUCUCUGCAAUAAUUAAUCAACAACGCGGCGUAAUAAUUAGUUAAUAACGCGCUGUAAUAAUUAGUUUACAACGCGCUGUAAUAAUUAGUUUACAACGCGUUGUAAUAAUUAGUUUACAACGCGCUGCGAUUUCAGUGUACUCGAAUGAUUCUUACGGGAAUUUUGCGCGGCUGUUGUGGAUGAUUCAUGAAUUAGGUAUUGCAAUGAGGGUGCCUUUUCGCGUCAGGAUUUUACAGGAAGCGAUCGCGAAACGUUUCGACCGCCGGUCGCGAAUGAAAGGAUUCGUUUCUUCGGAGGAAGGAGCGAGUCCUCCGAGAGGACACUCGACUUGUACAUAAUCACCGUAUUACCUUGCCCACCCUGAGUUCCCUCAGCCCCCCUGAAUCUCCCCGGCUCGGAAUCGAUCGUCGUCCUUCGAAUCGUCUGCGAACGUUCCUAGGAUCCGAUCGACGCCGGAUUGUCCCUUGGUUACACGUUUUUUAGCGGUUAAGAGGCGCGCGAGAGGUUAACGUGAUUUUUAGAAUAUUCAUUAAAGUAUUUCUGAAUAAACGUUUUACGAAAACA